AUGACUGCAACUGAAGUAGAAAUGCAUCUGAAUAAUGAAAAUUCACAAUCAGAUGGAAAUGUUAAUGUAAAUAAUGAUGCAGAAAUUACUCAGGAUCAAAAGUCUAAAUUUUCAGUUGAAAAUGAUUCCGGUUUAGCUGAAGGAUAUAAAAAUCAAGGCAAUGAAUAUUUAAAAUCUAAGGAUUUCACUAAAGCUAUAGAAUUUUACACAAAAGCAAUUGAGCUUUGUCCAAGCAGUGCAAUUUAUUAUGCGAAUCGCUCUUUAGCUCAUUUACGUCAGGAAAGUUUUGGAUUUGCCUUACAAGAUGGCAUUUCGGCAGUUAAGAGCGAUCCAGCUUAUCUUAAGGGUUAUUAUCGACGUGCAGCAGCUCACAUGUCAUUGGGAAAAUUUAAGCAAGCAUUAUCGGAUUUUGAAUAU